AUGCAAUUUUUUGAGCCAAGUCAGCAGUUCAUAAAGGACUCAAUUCAGCUGGUUAAGAGAUGCACCAAACCUGACAGAAAAGAAUUCCAGAAGAUUGUCACAGCCACAGCGAUAGGAUUUGCUAUCAUGGGCUUUAUUGGCUUCUUUGUGAAACUGAUCCAUAUCCCUAUUAAUAACAUUAUUGUGGGUGGCUGAGUGCUUUCUCAUCGUGGGAACUAGUGAACUGAUGAGAGUGUGACGAGCUCAUGAAGUAAAAAGCUG